GCCACAUUUAAAGGUUGGAUGGAUAUUAUGUAUGCAGCAGUGGAUUCACGAGAGUGUGAGGAGCAGCCUGAAUGGGAAUGUAAUUUAUACAUGUACCUGUACUUUGUGAUUUUCAUCAUCUUCGGGUCUUUCUUCACAUUGAACCUCUUCAUUGGUGUCAUCAUUGACAAUUUUAACCAACAAAAGAAAAAGAUAAGUGGCCAGGAUAUCUUUAUGACAGAAGAGCAGAAAAAGUAUUAUAAUGCCAUGAAAAAGCUGGGAUCUAAGAAACCGCAAAAGCCAAUCCCAAGGCCACUGAACAAAUACCAAGGUUUUAUUUUUGAUGUCGUCUCAAAACAAGCCUUUGAUGUCUCCAUCAUGAUUCUCAUCUGCCUUAACAUGGUUACCAUGAUGGUGGAAACGGAUGACCAAAGUCAAGAAAAAGUGAACAUCCUCCAUAAAAUCAACAUGCUUUUUGUUGCCAUCUUCACUGGAGAGUGCAUCAUCAAAAUGGUGGCUCUGCGACACUACUACUUCACCAACGGCUGGAACAUAUUUGACUUUGUCGUCGUGAUUCUGUCUAUCGUAGGCACCGUACUUUCUGACAUCAUCCAGAAAUAUUUCUUCUCUCCCACACUCUUCAGAGUCAUUCGCUUGGCUCGGAUUGGCCGGAUCCUAAGACUCAUCCGGGGAGCCAAAGGAAUUCGAACUCUCCUUUUUGCCUUAAUGAUGUCCCUACCUGCUCUGUUCAACAUUGGCCUCUUGCUUUUUCUGGUCAUGUUCAUUUAUGCCAUUUUUGGCAUGGCUAACUUUGCCUAUGUUAAGAAGGAACAUGGGAUUGAUGACAUGUUCAACUUUCAAACUUUUGCUAACAGCAUGCUCUGUCUCUUUCAAAUCACCACGUCAGCUGGCUGGGAUGGUCUUCUCAACCCUAUUUUAAACACUGGACCACCGUAUUGUGACCCAAACCUUCCAAACGCAAAUGGUUCGAAGGGAGACUGUGGAAGCCCUGCCGUAGGGAUUUUAUUCUUUGUUACUUAUAUCAUUAUAUCAUUUCUCAUCGUUGUAAACAUGUACAUAGCCAUUAUUUUAGAGAACUUCAGUGUAGCCACUGAGGAAAGUACAGAGCCUCUAAGCGAGGAUGAUUUUGAUAUGUUCUAUGAAAUCUGGGAGAAGUUUGACCCCGAAGCCACUCAGUUCAUUGAGUAUUCUGCACUUUCAGACUUUGCAGAUGCACUGUCAGAACCUUUGCGCAUAGCGAAACCAAACAAAAUCAAACUCAUAGCGAUGGACCUGCCCAUGGUCAGUGGAGAUAGGAUCCAUUGCCUGGAUAUUUUGUUUGCUUUUACAAAAAGGGUGCUAGGAGAAUCUGGAGAGAUGGAUGCUCUUAAAAUACAGAUGGAAGAAAAGUUCAUGGCGGCAAAUCCGUCUAAGAUCUCUUACGAACCAAUUACAACAACUCUCAGACGGAAACAAGAAGAGGUCUCCGCCAUUGUCAUCCAGCGGGCCUACAGGAGACAUUUGUUUCGGCGCUCCCUGAAGCAAGCAUCUUACUUGUACCGACACAGAACUUUUGAUGGCAGCAUCCUCGAGGACGAUGCACCCGAGAAGGAGGGUCUUAUCGCGUUCAUGAUGAACGAAAACUAUGGCAGGCCAAUAGACAAAUCAGAAACUCUGUCCUCCACGUCUUUCCCUCCAUCCUACGACAGCGUCACCAGAGGUACGAGCGAUAAUCUCCAGCUGAAGAUGACGGACUCGAGCAAAAGUGAUGAAGCUAUAGAUUGUUUGCUCUCACCAGACAGGGAUAAGGAAUCAAUUGUUUAAAUGUUUGUUUAGAAUGCUUUAAAAUAUUGUUUACAGAAUGUAAUGCUGUAACUACACAACGAUUGAAGCAGCCUUCUUAUUAAACAUUAGUUGCAAAAGAAACAAUGGAGUUUUUACCCUUAACUACAGGAGUCUGAUAAGUCAUAUAACCUUUGACCCUGCUCUUUUUGACUUGGCUUAAUAUUUAUAUUUAUAUAUGCACAGGAAGAAUCUUUGCAGGGUCAUAGCCGUUAUAUCAAUGGUGUGAAUAAGAAUAUGCUAGACUGUAAAACAGUAAACACUGUAUAUCUAUCCACAGAUAAAGCCUGGCUGUAUACAUUCAUUUAAGGUCUUACUCAUAUUAGUGUGUUUACUUAUGGCAAUGUAUGAC